GCCGUACCUUGCUUCCGACCGUCAUCAGUUCAGCAUGCAUCUGGCUCUGCGUAUUUUGGACAUACAACUCGCCAUAUUCGACCUGUUGAGCCAGAAGCGAGACCUUCUCAGCGCGAUCCUCGUCUGCAAGGACUGGCAGGAUGCAGCGGAGAGGCUGCUUUGGAAAGAAUUGCCCGAUCUGAUUCCUCUGCUCAUGCUCAUGCCCAACGACGCAUGGCAUGUCAACAAAAUGCAUAGGUCUAAUUUGCUCCCCUAUUCAUUUGUCUUCACCCGGCAGAUUAGCGAAGAUGACUGGUUCCAUGUGUAUCGGCGCGCUCAUCUUGUCCGAAGGAUCACGUUUGAGCUACUAUCACAUCCCCCCAGCCUUAUAGAUAGAGUGGCCCGCUGUCCUCCUAGACAGCCACUCUUCUUGCAGGUAGACAAGCUCAUCUUUCGCGCAACGUCGGACAGCCUCCACACACGGCCAAUUCCUGCUCGAUUCCUGGACAUCUUCUACAAUAGUGGCGCAAUCAUUGAUCUCGUAUGCUACAACAUCUCAUCCUUCAGUCUCCCCGAUCCGCACCGACUACGCGCCCUCGGGAAGGUGAUCAUCCGCUGGGUACCGAACCACGCAGAGUCAGGGCUUGGCGACGAAGCGUCCUGCCUCGCGCAUGCGAUGUCUCUUAUUGACGCGCUCAUUGCAUGCCAGCCUGCCUCCCUGUCUCUGACACUCUCUCAAACGCGCUUUUCUGCCUCUUUGAUCAAGCGUCUCUAUCAGUGCAAACCUUUGCGCGAGUUGACUCUGGAAUUUGAUGACUCUUAUGACGAUUCCCAUUGCAGUGUACCCUGCCCUGCCAAAGCGAGUCUGCCCAAUCUGCAUAGCUUGACGAUACGCGAGGCUGAGACUGCAACGUGCACCGCAGCAGCAAUCGUUGGCGCCUGCACGACACUCGCCUUGUUGGAUGUUGAUUUUCGCAAUCAUGGCACCGGUCGUCACCUUAUGGACCUCACCACGACAAUCCACUCGAAUUGCAAUGCAGCCACGCUGCGUGAUGUUACCAUCUGCUGGGAGGCCUGGGCGCUGCACCUGGCGCACCUCGCACCGUUGACCACGGCAAUGAACCUCGAAAAGCUGUUUCUUCUGGGCGAGGGUGGGGCAAAAAGCGCGCUCACGGACGCGGACUAUGAGAACCUCGUCUCACACUGGCCGCGGCUGCAGACGUUGUGCAUCGAGGUCCAGAAAGCAGUGGGCAGGUGUACACUGGCAACGCUCGGCAUCCUCGCGCAGUGCUGUCACAAUAUAGAGCGUAUUGAGCUCCCUCUGACGGAUGCGACCGUUCCCGACCCCCAGAUGACCUGGAGUGAUACGUUACCUAGUCCUGGACCUGCGAAGGCCAGCGGGCCUGCCGUACAAAUAACUUUCCAUGUGGCAACGGAGACGGACACAGAGACCAUGGCGACAUUUCUCCUCCGACUCUUUCCUCGACUAGAGGAAGUUGACCCGGGGUGGAUGCUCGAUGAUAUCAACGGUAGGCAACGGUGGUACGAAGUGGGGAAACGGAUCAAAGAGAUGCAGAGGCGGUCAAGUGCGAUGGAUGGGCAAGACCAUGGCCACCCGCCGUAGUAGCACUGCGACUGGCUAUAUCGUACGAGCGAGGGCGUAUUUCUACACAACAUAGCUCGUGUUUGUUGAACUCUAUAAACUGGUCUCAACGGCUUGAC